AUGUUAAUCAUCGUCGCUUUAAUGGAAAAAUUAGAAACUUUAGUUGUAGAGAAUGUAGACUUUUGCCAGCCAUUACACGACUUCUAUUUGAUACUCAAUUUGAUGGAUAUAACUGUGCAAAGGAUAUUUCAAAUAUGGUUAUAUUCGAAUAUAAUUUUUCGUAAUACUACUAUGUGGAAGAAAUUUCAGACAUGUUCAUCCUACCUGAAUCUUAACCUUUUGGAACGAGUGAUCAAAGAAACAUUACGUCUAUUCCCUUCAAGGCCAAUCAUUACCAGGAAAGUUAUGCAAGAUAUAGAGGUGACAAAAAAAUUAGCUAUAGCGAAAGGAAAUACUUCGAUAUUUUUCAUUUAUAAAACAUAUCGAAAUGAAAAAUAUUGGUCCCAGCCAUUAGUAUUCGAUCCGGAUAGAUUUCUACCGGAAAUUACAUUCUGUGAAGUUACAUAA